AUGGACUUUGCUGGAUGCUCCUUGACGAUGCUGGACGCCUCCCUGUUAUCAGCUUUUGUUGAGAGGUGGCACCCGGAGACAUCAUCCUUCCAUCAUCUAUUUGAGGAGAUGAAGGUGACUUUAGAUGAUGUGGAUGCCCUCUUUCACAUUCCGAUUGAUGGUACAUUUUUCACACCAGUUUAUAGGGAUCAGGCGACGGUUGUGCGCAUGGUUAUGGAUGCUUUGGAGGUUAAUGAGGUGGAUAUGCUACGCGAGUUUGGUGAGACUCGAGGCUUUCACCUUAGAAUGUCUUGGUUGAAGACUACUUAUCAGGAGCUUGUGGAUGCAGAGAGGUACCAGGCUGCCGCUAGGGCGUACAUGUUACAUCUAAUGGCAUGUACUCUCUUUGUGGAUAAGUCUGGAGUUUAUAUAGAUGUUCGAUACAUUUCUCUAUUCAGCGCCCUUGACACCCCAUGUUGGGCUCGGGGAGUGGCAGCAUUGACGAUGUUAUAUAUGGCGCUUGAUGUUGCAUCUAGUCCUGACACCAAACAGCUUGCUGGUUACCAGAUCUUGUGUUGGAUCUACGAGCAUUUUCCUCACAUCUGUGAGCGGAAGAUCCAGCGUGUUGUGGCUACUGACCCAUCUCACUGCACUCGUCGUCCUUUUGAGGUGUCUACUUCAUAUUCAGGGUAUGCCAGAUGGGAGAGUCAUGUGGCUAGACACUUGCCUGAGAGGUGUUUACGCCAGUAUGAUUAUAUACAGGGCAUCCCUUGUUCGGUCCUAGAGGCUCCAGCUGGUGGCAUUGAUCGAUGA